AUGGACCCCGUCUCGGCUGCCGGGUUGGCCCUUGGGGUCGCAUCAAUAGGGCUGCAGGUCUACACGUCGUGUAUACAAGGAGUGCAGUUGCUCGUGACGGCCAUCAACUUCCCCGAAGACUGCCGCUAUCUCAACCUGCGCUUGCGCAUGGAGCAGCAGAGGCUCUUCGCCUGGAGCGAGACGUCUGGUCUGUUGGACCUCGACGCCAAAAAGGAGCAAAAGGUGCUCGAGUCCAACACAUUCAUCCUGCACCGCCAGACUGUUCUGGACUUGCUGGUCCAGGUCCAAUGUCUGUUUAAGGAGUUCCAGGACCACCAGAAGCGGAACAAGCGCCUCCAGACAACUCCCGACACAGACCAGGUUCUGGAGAAGCCCGAGAAGGAUGCCGCAGAUGCGAACUUCCCCCUGCCCGAGCGGCGGAGGGCUUUCAUCAAGAAGGCCAUGCAGGGCCUCAAAGAGACGUCCCAAGAGUCUAUCAAGAGGCUGAGGUGGGUGUCGUUUGACAAGGUUGCCUUUGAACUGCUGCUCUCGAGGUUUUCGGCUCUGAACGACAACAUGACCGACAUCCUAGACGCCCGCAUGCAGGUCGAGAUCCACCACACGGUCCAGGACACAAACAGGGGCGUUCUGCAACUGCAUCGCAAAAUCACAGAUCUCUCCAGGCUCGUCAUGGCCUUGAACGUGAAGCUCGAGGCAAGCUCGCCUCCCAUGGUAUCACCGAUGUCGGUGACUCAGAAACGCGCCAAUGCCGACGGGCUUCAGCUAUUAUCCCAACUCGCCAAGUUCAAGGCCUUCAACCAGUCGAUCGAGUCCGACAAGAAGAGGCCGUGGGACGAAGCAACCGCCAUGUGUCUCGACUUGGGGGGCCCGAACGAGCAAAAGAGUCUCCUGCUCGACCGCUCCAUGGUUGAGAUUGAUCCUGCGGCGGAAGAGGCAGAUUUGCCGAGGUGUGAGGCCAUUCUCACCCUCCCUGGCCAUGCCCGAAAGAAGGUCUGGAUCGAGUGGAAGGAAUACGAACGCCAGAGGCCGCAAGAUUUAUCGCCGCCCAAGGACGUGAUUUUCGAGAGAGUGCGGAAGCUAGCGGCACUCCUGAACCACACACCCAAGCCAGAAGCGUUUAGGACGCCUCACUGCAUCGGCUUCUUUGACCGGGCAAGCACAGGUGGGAUAGUUGACCAGGACGAGGACAGCUUAAACAACCGCCUCGGCCUGGUCUUUGAGAGACCGCAAGACGACAGUCUACACACAUCUAUGCCUCCCAUCUCGCUCCGGGAACUGCUGCAAACCACCCGUAAGCCACGCGUCACCGAACGGAUAAAGCUCGCACAUGCCAUCAGCAACUGCCUCCUGUACCUACAUGCUGUCAAUUGGCUCCACAAAGGCCUGCGCAGUCAUAAUAUAGUCUUCUUCCGAACCGCCAAAGGCCAUGUUGACUACGCAAAACCUUACCUCUCGGGAUUUGACUUCUCGCGGCCUGCUCCCGCAGACGAGAUGACAGAGGUGCCUGUUGACAGCCCCGAGUACAACCUCUAUAGGCACCCAUUCGCUCAAUCGACUAACCCUGUCGAUCGCGAACGUUUCAAGAGGAGUUUUGAUAUAUACAGUCUCGGGGUUCUCUUCGUGGAGAUGGCACACUGGAAGACCGUCGACGUUAUCCUCGGGCCAGGCCUCAAUCCAUUGCGUGUGCGCGAGAAGCUUCUCGCCGAGAACCAAAUCGAAGAGCUCGGCGCGUGCAUGGGCGGCGUGUACGAGGAUGCUGCGCGGAAGUGCAUUGUCGGGGUGACAGAAUUCGGACUGUCCGAAUCUGAUGACGAGACUAACGAUGCUGUGGCUGCCCGGCUUUCAUAUGCACUUCACGAAGAUGUUGUCAAGCCGCUUGGGAAUGUCCGGGUGUGA